AUGCAAGUUGUGACACCUCGCUCUUCUGCAGCCGCUCAACCGUCGACGGGUCAUUUGGGAGUCGACAUACCCAUAUCCAUGAUGGCAGGCUUAAGGCUGGGCAAGAAUAACCAAGGCACCCCUGCUUUACCUUCGACCCCACCUCGCAGCCCAUUGGUCACUGUCCCCUCCACUCCUGUAAGUCCUUCUCCGGCAUUCCGGCAUGAGCAAUCGCUCACUGGAAUAGUCGGAACCAUUUACGAGAGGCGCGCUGACGUACCCCUCAACACCGAGCUUGGUUAUCUCGCAGAUCGAUACCUUCACACCCACGGAUAUGGUGGCAAUGUCGAGGCCAUGCUGGCUAUCAAUCAGGCUUACCUGACCAGCCAAUCGCUCGAGCAGUUCGUCAACUAUCUGGUUGUGAGAGGUAUGGUAGUUGAUGAGGUAGAGUUCCUAUGGGAGGCUGCAACUACUUAUAAUCCGCACUCUCGCAUACAUUCCCCUAUCUCAUGA